CCGUCAGCAGUGAGCUAGAGUUUCUUAACUUUGCUUAGCGAUAGGUGUGCUUAACCAACCGAUAGCGAACAAUUUUGUUUGUUUUGCGUGUGCUGCUCAGUGUUGUGUAGAAUGUACAGAACGAAAUGCAUUUUACACACUGGCAGCAGCCGCCCGUUGUGUAUUCGUGUAUACACUUUUUUCUAAGUGCAGCGAGUAUAUUGAUUUUUCGCCCCCGCUUUUACAUUAAACAUUACGGCACGGACAGAACAUAAACAUUCAAAUCAAUUUGGAAAACAUGUCGGAGAGUGCCGCAGCUGCAGGCAGCAAUGCCACUGCCACUGAAAAGAUGGCAUGCCUGCUGAAGGAGGCGGAAAAUUUGAAAACAAAACUGGAAGAGGAGCGCCAAAAGCUGAACGAUGUCAAUCUCUCCAAUAUUGCUGAGAGACUCGAGCAGAUCGCCUAUGUGAACAUAAAGCCGCGCAAAGUGCUAAAGGGCCAUCAGGCGAAGGUGCUGUGCACCGACUGGAGUCCCGAUAAGCGACACAUUAUCUCCUCAUCUCAAGAUGGUCGCUUAAUCAUAUGGGAUGCGUUCACCACAAACAAGGAGCAUGCCGUCACAAUGCCAACCACAUGGAUAAUGGCGUGCGCGUAUGCGCCAUCUGGUAAUUUUGUGGCCUGCGGUGGACUGGACAAUAAAGUGACCGUAUAUCCGAUCACAUCCGAUGAGGAAAUGGCAGCUAAAAAGCGAACCGUUGGCACCCACACCAGCUACAUGUCAUGCUGCAUUUAUCCCAAUUCGGAUCAGCAAAUACUCACCGGCAGUGGCGACUCAACCUGUGCACUUUGGGAUGUCGAAUCUGGGCAAUUGUUGCAGAGCUUUCAUGGUCAUUCCGGCGAUGUGAUGGCCAUCGAUUUGGCGCCCAAUGAGACGGGCAACACAUUCGUCUCUGGCAGCUGUGAUCGCAUGGCCUUCAUAUGGGACAUGCGAUCCGGUCAUGUCGUCCAAUCCUUUGAAGGACAUCAAUCGGAUGUGAAUAGCGUUAAAUUUCAUCCAUGCGGCGAUGCGAUUGCCACCGGGUCCGAUGACAGCAGCUGUCGACUGUACGAUAUGCGUGCCGAUCGCGAGGUGGCCGUCUUUGCCAAGGAGAGCAUCAUCUUUGGCGUCAAUUCGGUGGACUUUUCAGUCAGCGGCCGACUGCUAUUCGCCGGCUACAAUGAUUAUACGGUCAACUUGUGGGACACACUGAAAUCGGAGCGCGUCUGCCUCCUGUAUGGCCAUGAGAACAAAGUCUCCUGCGUUCAGGUGUCGCCCGAUGGCACGGCGCUAUCCACUGGCAGCUGGGAUUACACUAUACGCGUCUGGGCUUAAAUUCUCCUGCAUACACACAUGCAUACAUAUAU